UAUAUUAUUCUGAGCAUAUAGACAGCUGGAUAAGUACUUUGAAUGCAUUAAAGACAUUUUCUCGUGGAGAAUAAAGAAAUGAAAGUGCUUUAUGCCAUUCUAUUUCAUUCUUGCCUCUCUCCCUCUCUCUCUCUCUUGCCAUUUAUUCUUCAGUCUCAGUUGACUGGUGAAUGCUGAAUGAGGGUUGGUGAGGUGGGAGUCCUCUAACUGUCAGACGUUUGCCAAUGAGCUUUCUUUCCUUUGGCCUCUAUAGGGAUCAAAUAAAUUGCCAGGCUUUUUAAGACGUGCGGCAAAGCCUCUCUCCAUCAGAUGUCUGCUGUGGCUGCAGUUCAAGUGAGAACUCAAAGGUCAUUUUUAAUCCAUUUUGCUGGAGUAUAAAUGAGAGAGAGAAACUGAGGCUGCAAGAUCCUUUUUACAGAUUUUUUUUUUUUUGUUCAUUUGCUCUGAAGUUAUUUCUGAUUCUCUGGCAUUUCAGUCCUUAAAAUGGAACAGAAUAUCGGAAUAUUUCUCUCUCCAACUCUCAUCAUAGCACGAUGCGUUCAGUAAUGCUCCCCUGUCAGUCUAUGGUGAUGUGAACUAAGAAAAUCUCAGCAGCGACAGUCACUAACCUGAAUUCUAUAGAGACUUCCGAAAGCAGAACAAUCCCGAAAGCUACACCAAGAUUUUGCUCAAACAUAUUUGUUACAUAGAAGAGACUCUCAGCCCACUGUAAUUGGGAUAACCAGUACCUUCUCCUGCAGGAGGACAACUAAUUAAAGGGCAUUUCAACGUUUCUUGCAAAGGAUGCUCGCCUUCUUUGAUGAGGUUUUAACACUAUAAUGGAUAACGUAACUUUUGCUGAACUGAACGCAACUGAGCUCCAGAAGAGAGAAUGGCAUGGCCUGGAAUACCAAGUGGUCACUGUUUUCUUGGUGGUUGUAAUAUGUGGUCUUGGUAUUGUUGGUAACGUCAUGGUGGUUUUAGUGGUUCUUCAGACUAAACACAUGAGAACCCCAACUAACUGUUACCUUGUGAGCCUCGCCAUUGCAGACCUGAUUGUGUUGGUGGCAGCUGGACUUCCCAAUAUCACAGAAAGUGUCUAUGGCUCAUGGGUCUAUGGAUAUAUCGGAUGCCUCUGCAUUACGUAUCUUCAGUAUCUGGGCAUUAAUGCUUCAUCCUGUUCCAUCACAGCAUUCACAGUUGAAAGAUACCUCGCUAUAUGCCAUCCUAUCAAAGCCCAGUUCCUAUGUACCAUAUCCAGAGCUAAAAAGAUUAUCGUUUUUGUGUGGGCAUUCACAUCUCUAUAUUGCCUCAUGUGGUUUUUCUUGCUUGACCUGAACACGACCAUCUACAAAGACGCUACUGUGGUGAACUGUGGUUACAGAGUCCCCAGAAGCUACUAUUCUCCCAUCUACUUAAUUGAUUUCGGUAUAUUCUAUGCCGUGCCUAUGACGCUAGCUACAGUCCUAUACGGGCUUAUUGCCAGAAUUCUAUUCUUAAAUCCCAUUCCAUCAGAUCCAAAAGAAAACUCAAAGAUCCGGAAAAACGAUGCUACUCAUCAAACCAAAGCCUUUAAUUCAAAGAUGUCAAGUAGAUGCUCCAAUAACACGAUAGCAUCUAGGAGACAGGUGACCAAAAUGUUGGCAGUUGUCGUACUUCUCUUUGCCUUUUUGUGGAUGCCCUACAGAACACUGGUUGUGGUGAAUUCUUUCUUGUCCCGUCCUUACCUUCAAACUUGGUUUGUGUUAUUUUGUCGCAUUUGCAUUUACUUAAACAGCGCUAUCAAUCCUGUGAUCUACAAUCUCAUGUCUCAGAAAUUCAGAGCUGCAUUCCAGAAACUCUGCAAGUGCAAGAAGAAGAGAUCAGAGAAGCCAACCAACUAUGGCCUGGCUCUGAAUUAUAGCGUCAUUAAAGAGUCAUCCAAUGGUGGAAGUCCUGACCAUUUUAGCACUGAGCUGGAGGACAUCACAGUAACAGAUAACUAUUUGUCUACAUCAAAAAUGUCCUUUGAUGACACAUGUUUGCCUACUUAGGUACAUUUAACAGAACAAAGACAAUCACUGGUGUAAAAUAUAGGGAACAUAUUAACUAAAAUAAAAUUCAUUAUUCCUUCUAAGGAUGGCAUUUAGCAACCAUUUAGGGGGAGGGAUGAGGGUUAGAAAAUAAACCCAAUGUCUGAGAAUACACCUCUCUAUUUAGCCACAUUGAGAACUGCACAAAGUCCAUUUUUUUAUAUGUAAUGUCAAAUGUUGUAUUAAGGAGUAAAUGUAUCAAUAUCUGAUCUGAUGUUUUUUUCAAACUCGAAUAAUCAUGAAUUAAAAAAAACUAUAAUAGACAAUUCAAAUGAAAAAAUAUCCCGACCUUAAACUUGUGGAUAUUCUAUAAAACUCAAUGGAGGGGGUGGUUUGAAGUCUGCCCCUUUUGCUCUCUGGCUAUGAAGACCUCAAAGAGGUGCCUACUGCUCAUGCCUGAUUUCCAUCGGAGUAGAGGCAGUGAGCAUGCUCAGUAGGCACCUCUGUGAAGUCUUCAUAGCCAAAGAGCUCAGAAAGCAAAAGGGGCAGAGGCGCAUUUUUUUAAAACUAUGGUUUAUCAAAAUUGGCAUUACAAUGUUUACCACAAUCCAAAUUGUUUUGCACAAAAACGAGUUCAUUUGAAAUAGGGAUUCCAAAUGUCGAAUAUUUAUAAAGCACAAAAGAAAUAAGAAAAACUAGAAUGUAAAACUUAGGCAUCUAAAAGUUUUAUUCAAUCAAGUUGUUUAGAUUUCAAUUUUUUAAGAGUUUGUGCAGAUUUCAAGUUACAUUAAUCAAAUACAUUUUUUGAAAAAUUACACUUCAAAAAUUAGAAUUUUGAUAAAUAAACCUCAUUUCAAA